AUGAGGAUGCUGAAAAAAGCCUUGACGCUGAUCUGGAGCAGAGGAAUCAGGACUCAUCAGAGCACGUUGUCAAAACACAAUGACCUGUUCCGGGUUCACCCCACUGUGCUGCGGGCAUUGGCAGAAAACAAGCCGGUGGUUGCUCUUGAAAGCACCAUCAUCACGCACGGCAUGCCCUAUCCACACAACCUCAGGACAGCGAAGGAGGUCGAGGCCAUCGUGCGAGCAGAAGGAGCCACUCCAGCCACGGUCGGCGUGCUGGACGGAGAAGUCCGCGUCGGACUGUCGUCAGAGGAGCUGGACCGCCUGGCCCAGAGCAGGGACUCCCUGAAAGUGUCCCGCCGGGAUCUGCCCUAUGUCGUUAGCAGAGGGCUCUCUGGAGGAACGACGGUGUCAGCAACGAUGCUAGCGGCACACAGGGCCGGGAUCCAUGUUUUCGUGACGGGGGGCAUCGGAGGAGUCCACAGAGGCGGAGAAAACAGUCUGGACAUCAGUGCAGAUCUGACUGAGCUGGGCAGGACCCCCGUCGCUGUGGUCUCUGCCGGGGUCAAGUCUAUUCUGGACAUCGGCCGCACUCUGGAGUUCCUUGAGACACAGGGUGUCUGUGUGGCCACGUAUGGACCAUCCAAGAGUUUUCCAGCUUUCUUCUCCCCACAAAGCGGAUUCACUUCUGCAUACCACGUCUGCAACCCCCAGGAAGCUGCAAAACUAGUUGCAAGCACUCUGUCACUGGGUCUUCAAAGCGGGGUCCUGUUAGCAGUUCCAGUCCCAGAGGAGCAUGCAGCAGCAGGGCAGGAGAUAGAGGAGGCCAUACAGGCCGCAGUGACAGAGGCCAGUGCUACAGGUGUUACAGGAAAAGAUGUGACGCCCUUCAUUCUGCGAAAGGUCAACGAGCUCACGCAAGGAAAGUCCCUCCAAGCCAACAUUGCUCUCAUUCAUAACAAUGCUCGGAUUGGCAGUCAGAUAGCAUGUGCACUGUCAAAGCAGACGAGUGAAAACACUCUAAAUAAACAAACUUACAGUCCAGGAAAACUCCCAGCAGACUCCAAAUCAGAUAUAGUUGUCAUUGGAGGAAUAAAUGUGGAUUUUAUUGCUAAAGGGAAAACAAAAACACUUCAUUUUGGACAGACAAACCCAGGAAGUGUCUGUCAGUCAUUUGGCGGCGUAGGACGCAACAUCGCUGACUGUCUGAGCAGGCUGGGCCACAGGCCUCUGUUCAUUUCAGCUACUGGCGCUGAUUCGAACAGCGAUGCAGUGUUUUCCUACUGUAAACAUAUGAACAUCAGUGGUGUAUCGAGGCUGGAGGAGCAAAGCACAGCAACCUACUGCGCUGUGAUCUCUGAGAGCGGAGAACUGAGUCUGGGACUCGGAGACAUGGACGUUCAUCAGCAAAUCACAGAACAAUAUGUGUCGCAGUUUGAGGAGCAGAUUUCGUCAGCCACCCUCGUGUGUCUGGAUGGAAACAUCCCAGCCGCCACCAUCAACUACGUUUGUUCUGUUGCUGCAAAGCACAGUGUAAAUGUUUGGUACGAACCCACGGAUUCAGAUAAGGCAUGCAAGCCGUUUCUUUCGGACGCCUGGAAGUCCCUGUCCUACUCAUCCCCAAACCUGGCAGAGUUGAGCACCAUGAAUAAAAUGCUUGGCGUCACAACUCCUGAAGGGUUGCCAAGCACCCUCGACGAGAUGCUGGCUGUCGCCGUGGCUCUCUCACGCCCCCUGCUGGAGCAUCUGCACUGUGUGGUGGUGACUCUCGGGGCUUCUGGGGUGUUACUGUGUGGAGAACACGAUGCGGGAACGGUGAACCUGCAGCCGAGGAAACACAAGAGGCAGCGGAGGCUGUGCGCUCUGCACUACCCGGCACUCAGUGUGACCUCAGAAGAGACGAUGAAUGUGUCAGGAGCUGGGGAUAGUCUGGCAGGUGCCUUGAUGGCAGGGAUUCUCCAGGGCCGGGACACAGACUGCUGCGUCCGGAUGGGACUCCUGGCUGCAAAGAUGUCCCUGGCUUCACCCCACCCUAUUGCCCCAACACUCACUUUAGACUCUGUGGACCCCACGAAAAUCCACGCUCAGAACUGGCCCACACCCAGGAUAGUGUGGAAGGAUUAA